CUCCCACAUUGUGCACACGGCAGCAUCACCCACUGCCUGCAAUGGCGUUGUCUAUCGGUGUGUAGACCACGGCUUGUGUGUCAAAGUGUCAAUAAGGCGACAUAAUACUGGACUAUCGACGUGCUUGAAUGGAAAUGUCGUAUUGGAGGGGAUUUAUAACGAUAGCAGAGUAUUUCAUGUGAAUUUUUACGGGACUAUUUUAUGUCGCGGUCAUUUAUCACAUGAAGCAAUGAACGUGUCCAUGGCCCCUAAUGACGUGUGAAAUCAAAUCACAGUGAUAAUCACACAGGCAGGGAGCUCGCUGGAUACUACAGUAGUAUAUGUGAGAUGAAGGCCCAGCGAUGCUGCUGAGAUCCUCUCCGCCUCCUCACCUCUGACGCCAUCAUGCUGAAGACGGAGGCCUCGGGGGAGAGGAGCAAUCUCCGGAGCGCCUCCCCCCACCGCAACGCCUACAGGACGGAGUUCCAGGCCCUAAAGAAGGCCUUCGACCAGCCACCCCGGCAGGACAGCAAGGAGCCCCAGCUCAAGGACACCGAGCGGGUCACCCAGCGCCGGGGACGACAGUAUGGUGCCCAUGUCAGCCGCAUCAAGGACAUGUUCAUGCAGAUGCAGGGCACAGAGAGCUCCGGUACUUCCACCAGGCGGGAAGACCCGUCGCCUCAGAAGAUGACCAAGCCCACCAACUUCAUCAACAAGGUGGACGGCUCAGUCAUCAAGCUCACACAGCACCCUAUAGCAGACCAGACCAGCGCAGGGUCAAAGGUCGUAGAGACCAGGAAGCUGUUUGAGCAGCAGUCACGUGACGCGUCCCAGUCGCCUGUCUACUCCUAUGGCCGGGAGAAGAGGGGUUCCCAUGAGCACCUGGACGACUGGCGAGGGUCGCGCUCCAACAGGGGCAGCACAGACUCCCUGGACUCGCUGUGUUCCAGGACGGAAGCCCAGUCACCCACCGUAAGCCAGCUGAGCGCUGUGUUUGAGAACGUCGACCACCAGGGAGGGGGAGGAGGGGGCCCAUUCCGGCGAGGCUAUGGAGGCCGGGCACUCUACUCCCCUGAUAACUUCCACCGGCACGGCGACCUCAGCGAAGAUGACUCGCGCCAAUCCCCGGUGCGUGGUGGAGGGUACAGAAACCGCGUGGGGGGCAAACUUCCCAUGUCCUCAUCCUCAGAAGACCUCCUCAGCCCUAGCCCGCUGUCGGAGACGGUGGAGCUAAAACCCUUCCUGCAUGAGGAGGAGCCCCAGGAGAGAGAGGAGACAGCGGGGGAGUUAGGACAGAGGGACAGGGAGAGACAUCCUGUAGGGGCCACCACCAAUGGAGGGGAAGUGAACGGAUCGUAUGAGGAGAAGCAGGCAGAGGAAACCGACACCUCCAGAGAGACGUCGGGAGUCUGCACGGACUCAAGGCCCACAAAUGAUGCCACCGUCGGGGACAAGACUUCCGAGGACACCUAUGAUACCCCAGCUACCCCAGCCCAGGAUGAAGCCCAGGACGAGGCAGAAGCCCGUGGGGAGGAGGUGGAGGUGGAGAAGGCCUCCUCCAGGCCCAGGGUCUCUCCAGAGGACCAGGCAGAAGAGCCCAAUGAGGAAUACAGUGGGAACGAGAGGGUGAUUUUUAACGCGGACGGAGACGCUUGCUACCAAGGCUGGGGGGAGAGCUGUACUGACCCUGAGGAUGACCUUUACGGUGAUGAUGACGUCAUCUAUGACCCCGGGAAUGAUCUUACUGAGAUCCCUGGUCUACCAGAGGAAGAGAAGGAGGAUAUCCCUCCGAAGAGGAAACUACGCUUCAGCACCAAACCCAUGAUGGUGUUCAACACCUACUGUAACGAGGACUAUGACAGGAGGAAUGAGGAGGUGGACCCGGUGGCCUCGUCAGCAGAGUACGAGCUGGAGAAGAGGGUGGAGAAACUGGAGCUCUUCCCUGUAGAGCUGGAGAAAGAUGACGAUGGCCUUGGUAUCAGUAUCAUAGGAAUGGGAGUGGGUGCUGACGCCGGUCUGGAGAAACUUGGCAUCUUCGUCAAGACUGUCAUCGAGGGCGGGGCAGCUGAGAGAGAUGACAGUGUGUUGUGUCGUAGGAUCAAGGUGAACGACCAGAUCGUGGAGGUGGACGGCACCAGUCUGGUGGGGGUGACCCAGAGCUUCGCUGCCUCCGUCCUGAGGAACACCCAGGGAGUGGUUAGGUUUGUGAUUGGCCGAGAGCGUCCGGGCCAGGUGAGCGAGGUGGCUGCUCUGAUCCAACAGACUCUGGAGCAGGAGAGGAGACAGAGAGAGUUGCUGGAGCAGCAGUAUGCCCAGUAUGACGCUGAUGACGAUGAGACUGGGGAGUACGCCACUGAUGAGGAGGAGGAGGCGGGGCCGGCCGCGGACGGUGGUGGGGAUGAGGAGGGCGACGGGGAGAAGAGCAUCGAGGUGUUUGAUUUGCCAGAAACAGAUGACAUCAUUUCCCCCUCAGAGUUGGACGCUACCAAACUCUACCAGACAUUCAGAGAGCUGCAGAUCAAGCACACUGUCACCGAGGCAGAGAUACAGAAGCUCAAAAACAAGCUUGCUGUGGUGGAGAGGGAGAAGGCACGCUGGGAGAAGGAGAAGAGCCAGCUGAAGGCCAGCAUGGAGGAGAACAAGGAGAGGAUGCUGAAGCUGGAGAGUUACUGGAUCGAGGCUCAGACCCUGUGCCACACGGUCAACGAGCACCUGAAGGAGGCUCAGUGCCAGUACACCACCCUAGAGAAGAAGUACAACAAGGCCAAGAAACUCAUCAAAGACUUCCAGCAGAAGGAGGUGGAGUUUGUCCAGAAGGAGGAUGCAGAGAGGAAGAGGCUGGAGGAUACAGAGAAGUCCCACCUGGAGGAGAUCCAGGGACUGCAAGUCAGGAUUGCAGCCCUGGAAUCUGAGCUGAUGCAACUGAUGAAACAAAAUGGCAUCCAGAUGAACAACAACAACAACAGCGCCCAACAGCAGAGUCCUGGGAUGGCCGGCCCUGCCAGAGAGCUGAGUGAGGCGGUUCCCCACGCUGGAAGCAGACAGAGAGUCUCCAGAGGACUACUACAGGACAGCAUCAGCUCUACAGAGGGAGAGGCGUCAGAGGGCCCUGGCAGUACUCGUUCAUCCAUCCGGAGUGCAGCUUCCAGUACUGUGGAUGAAUCCAGAGCCUCCAGGGCCCCUGGCAGUCCUGAGGGCUCCCCCAGACAUACCCUCCUCCAGCAGGCAGCAGACAACAACGGGUCUCAGUCUCCUGGGGUGUCCAGCCCCUCUCUCAGCCUGGACGAGAAGAUCACCAGGAGCAGUCUGGACCAACUGACACGAAGCAAAGGGAAGGACCCCAGAAGCUCACCAGGAAACAGUUCUACAGAGCCCUCCGCUGAGAAUAGCCCAGAGAGGCUCAAGGCCAAGAAAUCUCUUACAUGGCCCCACUUCUUCUCCUAUUCAUAUGACUUGGGUCCAGUGGUGAAGGAUGAUCUAAGUACCAGCAGUAGCAGCUCAGUGGAGGUCAGUGGUCUGCUGACUAAAGCCAAGAUGUCCGGUCACUCACACACCCUGGUGCUCUCCUCGGACGAGAGUCUGGAUAUGAUAGAUGAGGAGAUCCUAGAUGAGGGCCAGUGCCCCAAGCAGCACCAGUGGCAGAACCUCAUUGUGACAGAGUGGACCUCCCAGCAGGUGUCCCGCUGGCUCAUGGGACUAAACCUGGAGCAGUACAUCCCAGAUUUCAUGGCCAAGAACGUAGACGGAGACCAGCUACUGCAGCUGGACAGUGCUGAGCUCAAGACCCUUGGCGUUGCCUCCUCCCACGACCGGGCUCUGAUCAAGAAGAAGGCAAAGGACCUCAAGGUCCUGAUGGAGAAGGCUCGGAGGAACCGGGAGAAACUGGACAAACAGCGAGAGAAGCUCCGUAAGAAAGAGCUGGAGCAGCAACAGAAACAGGCCCACAAACCCAGCAGCAAGGGCCACUCCGAGACAGCAGAGGGCCACUCCGAGACAGCAGAGGGCGCAGCAAAGUAACCCACGGCUUUAAGACCUACCUCUCCUUGUCUUUCUACCAACAACCACUACAAAGUAGCAUCUCCAGGGAUAGAAACAGUCACCAGAACCACUGAGCUAAAAUACCAGAUAUAUUAUGUGAUAUGUCAAUUGAUAUAACCAGAGAUACUUUUAAGGAGGAGAUGGGGAAACUACAGUGGAAUCGUAUUAAUGCUCAUUGUGUACGUUGCCCAUGUGUCGUCAAUGGGCCCGCGGUGCAUUCUGGGUGAUUCUGGGACAAGGAGAGCUCAAUUGGGUGCUGGGUCAAAAACCCAACAUUACAAAUCUUUUCCGAGAUGUGAGAUAAUUAACUUGUUCUGUGUAAUAUCGUAUAGCUUUGGAAUCGUGACAUUACGUACUUUUGAGGAAGAUAGGCAGGUUUCUCGAUUCAUACCCUGACUUUGAGAUUCAUACCCUGACUUUGAGAAUUGCGUGACGAUUUGCUUAGCAACAACGUGAUGCAGCAUGACAACGUGAAUGCGAUUGGUUGACAGUCUGCUGUGCUGAGUGGGGCGUUAUACGUUCCUCCAUUCAUAGCCCAAUGCGAUUCCCAUCUCCUCCUUUCUGUAAUAUCUCUAGUAUAACACCUAACAGGGCUUGAGUUCAGGCUGUGGAGUUCAGUGCACUACUACUGGAGGAUGUAGCGCUGGAGGCCAUCACGCUACUGUACCACCGAACAAAUACCAAAAUGACCAGACAGUUGGAUAGUAAAAAUGCUGCCCACCCACCUGCCUACCUUUCACUUCAUUGUACAUCCUCGUAGUGCAGCGUUUCCCAAACUCAGUCCUACGGAUCCCAAGGUGUGCACGUUUAGUUUUUGCCCUAACACCACACAGCUGAUUCAAAUGAUCAAAGCUUGAUGAUUAGUUGAAACCAAAACGUGCACCCCUUGGGGUCCUGAGGACCAAGUUUUGGAAACCCUGUCAUAGUGUUUCCAAACCUCUACCUCCAUUACAUAUUAUUUAUUUUGCUGUAAUUCAGGUUUAUUUAUUCAUUCGGAAAACAGAAACACCCAAAUAUAUCACCUUCACACUC